AUGGAAAACAGUACUGUUUCCUUUUACUUUAACCUCACCAUGUUUGUGAACAUUGGAUACUACCGCUACCCUGUCUUUGUUUUUUUCCUCCUGAUCUACAGCUUUAUUUUAUUUGCUAAUCUUGUCAUAAUACUGGUGAUAUUCCGAGAGAGAACACUACACAUGCCCAUGUAUAUGUUUAUUGCAUGUUUAUCUGUCAACUCUCUGUAUGGUUCUACUGGUUUCUUUCCCAGAUUUCUCAUGGACCUUUUGUCUGAUACUCACAUGAUCUCACGUACUGCUUGUUUCACUCAGAUUUAUGUAAUAUACACAUAUGCGUCCCAUGAAUUCCCCAUUCUUGGCAUUAUGGCAUAUGAUAGAUAUGUUGCUGUAUGCCAUCCUUUACACUAUCACAGAAAGAUGACAUCCCAAACCGUUUGGAAAUUGGCAGUAUUUGCUUGGAUUUGUCCAGCCUUUUUUAUUUCAGUAUGCAUUUAUCUGUCUUCCCGGCUUCCUUUAUGUGGUAAUGAGAUAAAAAAAGUUUUUUGUGCCAUCUGGAAUAUAACAAAAUUAUCAUGUGUUACCAUUGUUGUCAACAACAUUGUAGGUAUGCUUGUGACUGCUACAGCUUCACUUCCCCUUCUGUAUGUCUUAUACACCUAUUUGCGAAUUGUACUUGUUUGCUGGAAAAGCUCGGCAGAAUUCAAAGGGAAAGUAUUUCAGAGCUGUCUGCCACAUGUUGUUUCAUUUGUGAUUUAUUCUAUUGUAUCAUUUAGUGAUAUUGCCUUGAGCCGAUACAAUAUAGAAGAGAUAAAUCCAUAUCUGUCUGUUAUUCUGUCACUGGAGUUUGCUGUUAUUCCUCCAAUUCUGAAUCCUCUUGUGUAUGGCCUUAAAUUACCAGAAAUUAGAAAGCACAUUUUAAAGAUGUUAUUGAGGGAUUGA